AGUGCCCUGACAGUGGCUGGCCAUGGUGACAAACCCGUUUUCUCGUUCCCACACACAUCAAGGGUAUUUGGCUCCCAAGGAUCCAGCUGUCCAUCGCUGGGGUGAGGAUCCAACAGCAGCCGAGCAUCAGCUGGCUGAGGAAUCACGUCCACGGUGUUCGCUCCAGAUCGUCCCAUCUUCCAGGACACAGGGCAGGGAAAUAGCUGAAAUGGAGCCAGCACAGAUGCUGGUGACCUUCGAGGAGGUGGCUGUGUAUUUCACCCAGGGGCAGGGGGCUCUGCUGGACCCCGCUCAGAGAGCUCUUUACAGGGACGUCAUGCAGGAGAACUACGAGAUUGUGACCUCACUGGGAUUCCCCCUUCCCAAACCUGAGCUGAUCGCCCGGCUGGAACAAGGAGAAGAGCCAUGGGUGCCCGAUCUCGAGGCCUCGGAGGAAAGAGACAUCUCAAGAGGCACCCGCACAGCACAAUGACUCCUGUCUGGAUUC